UCGGAGAGCACACACAGCCUGGUCCCGCCGGAUGAAGGAGUCGUCGAGCUUUGGCAACCUGUGGCAGGCUCCGACCGCGCGGCGCCUUGCGCACGCCACGUCGCAGACGUCGCCGGCCGACUCGCACGCGCUCGGCCGGCUGAUAGGAGCCGCGUGGGUGGUGGUUGCGUAUGCGGCGCGCGGCGUGCUCCGAGGCUACCUCGGCGACUCGAUGCAGUCGGGAGGCGGAGUGCCCUUCUGGCGCUGCGCUUUUGGCGUGGGGAUGCAGCUCGGCGUCCUUCCGGCGCUGCUCGCGGCGCUGUGUGCGUCGAAAGGGGGCGGCUCACCGCUCUUCCCCACGCCGCGGCGGCUCGAGCGGUGGAACGAGGCGUGGCUGCGCACGCCGUCGGGGGUAUGGGAGUGGGCGUUCGGAUACGUGUUCGGCCUCUUCUUCACCUUCGACCUGCUCCUCGUGCCGAUGAAGACCAACGUCCUCGCCCACCACGUGGUCUGCCUCGCCUUCCACGGAUGGGUCUUCUUCUCGCCGCAGCGGCCGGGGCUGCAGCUUGUCAUUGCCGGCGAGGCGGUGCUUGAGUUUGGGACGGGCGGCUCAAACCUCUCCAUGCUGCUGCCUGGCUCCGACGCGGUACGCGCUUUCUUCGUGCUCGCGAUGAGCGCGUCAAACACCUACGGCGCCGUGCUGACCGUGCGCUGGCUGCGGCUGCAGCGCGGGCGGUGGGUGUGGCUCACGCUGCUGCCGACCAUUCUCGGCAUCCUCGCCCUCCGGCAGCUGCACGUCGUGAACGAGGUCUACAAACGGGCUCACUCACCAGCGCCACCCUGACUUCGCACCCCGGCGGCACAGCUCGGCGGCAGCCAGCCGAUGGCCGCUGUAUAUUCCGGUUGCCGCGGAGCGGGGGGGGGAGCCGCCACGCCCCUUCCACGCAGCGUCAGAGCCGUUCGCGUGCUUAUUUGUCCCGUCUGUGAGGGGCUUGGCCUUGCGGGGCCGACCGAGGUGAGGUUGUAUUUGCCCCCCGGCCCUGACGCCGGGCCUUGGCGCAAAUAAAUAAAUAAAGCGGAC